UGCAGUGACCUGAGGGUGUCAUUUUCUGCUCUUCCCCGGAGAUUCUGAGGUUUCUGCUGUACCAACGACAGUGGGCGCGAACAGUUUCUCACAUUCGCGUGACUGAUUAGCAACCCAGGAGUUUCCCCCGGCUUCUGAUGGGGAAAUGGAUCUCUGCAUCUUUAAGGCUCCGCGGGGCUGUCUGCUCCGGCGACGCAGGCAGGGCAGGCUCUGCGGCAGCAGCAGCGGACUCAUCCUGUCGCUAAGGUCCAGUUAGCCAAGCCAAGGUGGAGGAUGGGAAAAGAAUGGAGCUGUCCCAGCUCCUCAAUGAGAUCAGGGCAAACUAUGAGCAGCUUCUCACCAGAAAUCAGAUAGAGACGGUGCUGUCAACACGGAUGCAGCUAGAGGAAGACAUAACCAAAAGAAUGGACAAGGAUGGGGAGGCUCUGAAGGCAGCUCAGGCGGAACUCAAGGAGGCCCGGCGCCAGUGCCACCACCUGCAAGUGGAAAUCGAGACCCUCCACGCUGUGGAAAGGGGUCUUGAAAACUCCCUGCAGGCCAGUGAGCAGCAUUACCAGAUGCAGCUGCAAGAUCUGGAGUCGGUGAUUGACGGACUAGAGAAGGAGCUGCAGGAAGUGAGAGGCGGCAUCGAGAAGCAGCUUCAGGAACAUGAGAUGCUUCUCAACACGAAGAUGAGGCUGGAGCAGGAAAUUGCCACGUACCGCCGCCUGCUGGAACAGGAGGAGAUCAGAUACUAUGGUUGUAUCCAAGGCGAGAAAAAAGAAGAAAAACCUACUACCAGGAGUAAAGUUGGCUUUCUUCUCCCCUCUGCCAUUAUAAAUGAAAUAUCUUUUUCAACGAAAGUCUCACAAAAGUAUGAGAAUGAAAAUGUGGAGACAAUGACUAAACAGCCAGAAUUGAAUGGAAAUGUGGAGGAGAGUGCGGAGGCUCACGGCACCAUUCAGACAGAGAAAGUGGAUGAAGUUAUAAAAGAAUGGGAAGGUUCAUUCUUUAAAGAUAACCCCCGAUUGAGGAAAAAGUCUGUUUCUCUUCGCUUUGACCUCCAUUUGGCAGCCACUGAUGAAGGCUGUUUACCGAGCAGACGGGAGAAUCUGCCCGACAUCGAAGUCAGGCUUAUCAUGCGAAGAUCAUGUAGUAUUCCCUCCAUCAAGCCCCCACCAGCAGCCAACCACCCAGAGAUAGGAUUUGAUUUAUCAGAGACACUAGGAUGGACCUAGGCUGGCCAUGCUGACGCCCAGUCCCAAAUGUAAGUUACUCCACAUGUAUGGAUAAUGUGAAGAUGCCGUGGGCUGUGGCUCCCUUCAGAGAACACGUAUAGUAAGAGGUAAAGUUGCUAAGACUCCAAAGAUGAGCAUAUUUUUUGGAGAGGAGAGUGCUUAAAAAUAAAUCAGAAAUUUGGUGUGAUUUCUGUUUUGUCUGUCAUCCAGAUAGUCUUUAUCCUGGCGAGCUUUAUCAGAGACUUGAAGUAUAAGGUGGCUUGGUUAAGUCUGUAAUUUCACUCAAUGGCUGAACUUCCUAAGGAAAAUGGAAUAGCUUGUCUGAAUACCGAAGAGUUACACUGAGUUACUCCCCAUGGUUUCAGGACUAGCUGAACCUAAAAUGUUUGUUCUACUUCUAAAAAGGCAACAGUUAGGAACCAAUGUUUAUGAAGAGGGGUCUCGAGCUUCUCUUAGGAUUUUUCCGUUUGAGACAAUCAUUUGAACCCUGGGAAUUAAGAAAAUUAAAAGUGGUCUGUCUGUGAGCAAUUCUGAAGUACUGAGCACACCUCAAGGCUAUUUUGAUGAUUAAUAAAAUUGGGGUGCCCUAUAUCUUACAGUUCUUUUAGAAUAAGAAUCUGAUUCGCAGGAGAGUCACUUUGUUGAAAGAACUGUAAAAGUUAUAUCCUUACAUACACACACACACACACACACACACACACACACACACACACACACAGAGCUGUACAAACAAAACUUUAAAAGCAAAUGGAAAAUGUGAUUACUCUAGUUACUAGGACAGUUACCCAAUUAUGCAUCAUCUGAACUCUUCCAUCUGUAAAAUGAAGUGGAAGUGGUGUUUGCCAUGGGCCUUAGAGAAGGUCCUCCAUGAACUAGGAGAAAGAGUUCCUGCAGUCAUUUAUGUGAACUAACAGCAUAGUAUUGCUAGCUGAGCUAAGAGUUGUCUGCAGGACUUGCUUUAAAAAUGUUCAAACUGUAAUAACUACAGACGUAAAAUAUAUUUGUGAAUAGAUGACAAGGUGUUGCAACAUUUUUAAAAACAACGUAAUUUGUUUAAUGCAGGUAUAUUUGAGACCUUAAAUAAUAAAUACCGGUUUUAAGACACUAGGUGGUUAUAGGCUUUUUUUUUCUCUAAACAACAAUAAAAAGGAGUACAAACCACUGUUCUUUGUUUCCAGCUGAAACAUCAUAAGGGCUAUGGCUAUGCUAGCAUUAGUGCAGCCUUCAAAAAUCAACCCCUCCCUCCCGUCCUCUCUCCACAGGUGUGUGUGUAUGCAUAUAUAUAUGUAUGUAUAUGUAUAUGUGUAUAUAUAUGUGUGUGUGUGUGUGUGUGUGUGUGUGUGUGUGUGUGUGCGUGUGUGUGUUGACCAGUAAAUAUGCUUUAGCCACAAGGAAAUUAUGUUAAGGAACUUUUAAUAUAAUACAGGGAUUUUAACAUUACCUCAUGUUCCUUUUAGCCUGACUCGCUCUAUUUAGUGAAAAGGAAUGAUGCUGUUCUGUCAAGGAUACAGCAGCAUAGUAAGCGCUUAUUCUUGCAUAAGCAUCUGUCCCAAACUUGCGUCCUAUACAUAAAAAUGUUUCUGGGAAGCCUGGAGGCACAGCACAGUGCCAGAGCUUCACCUAGCACACAGGAGGCCCUGGGUUUGGACCUCAGAGAAAAAAAGGGAAAAGUUUCAUUCAUCAUUAAAUGCUACAACUUUAUUAAAGCUUUGAAAUGCAAUCAUAUAAGCUGUUGUACUGGUUACUGUUCUAUGCAACAAUGAUUAGGGUAAAGCGAUACAUCUAGUGUAAUCUACUGCAGUACUGUUAGUACUGGGCAUUGUGAAUUAACAGCUUGCUAGAGAAAUUCCAUUACGCUGCUAUCCUGUGUGUAUAAUAUGCAGUACUUGAAUUUGUAAGUGAUUUUUGUUUGCUUCAAAGCAUUUUAAAAUUGGAAUAUGAAUUUACCAAAGUAAAUGAUACCGCUAUAAUAAAAAAAAAUUUUGAAACA